AUGGUCGGUGCAAGGAUAUUGCUCAACCUAGCCUUGUUCUACCGUUUCAAGACCACUGACACAGCCCUAGUAACUUGUUUCAGCAACGAUGCGAGAACACAAAAAGACUCAUGCAGUGGGGAACGCUGCUACAAGAACAAUACACACAAUGGUUGCACGGACAUCGCCUCAUGUACUUAUCUCGAAAACGCAGUAGACUGCAAAAGGCACGAUUUCCCUUGUUGUUGCCAGCUGAAUUGGUGUAACGAACUGGAAUCCAAGAAUUCAGUGGAAGAAGGUUCUAUGCUGAGAUUCUGGCCGCACAUUGUGCUUUUGCUUUUGGCUAGUACAGCUUCUAUAGCGUUCAUGAUGUUUUUUGUGUUCCAACGAAGAUUUAAGAAAAGGGAACGAAAAGGUCGAACAAAAUUUCUCCUCGAGUUGUCCAAAUCGCAACGCCCGAUUCCGGAUAAUACCGACACGUCGUCUCGAGCUCGACGUAAUUCCUCACCGAAGAAGCGCAAAAAACAGUCGACUCGAUACGGCGAUCCUGAUUGCCCCUCAGAGCCGUUGCCAGAUAUGGAUGACGUCAUUGACCAGAUAGAUCUAACGGAUAUGAAAGUAGAAGCCGUUAUAAAUUCCGAUGUCAGAGAGAAAAUAGCACAGUGUUUACGAAAUGGGCCUCGUCCACUGAAGGCGCAACGAAUCUUCGAGAAUCCACCAAGGAUUGUAAAGGUUGUUACAUACGGGACGUCUGAACAUAUCACUUUGUUGGAGUCGCCGGAGCCAAUCAAUGCUUCGAAGACACAGUUUACUUCUGGCCAGCAUGCCGCAGAAGAUAUGCUCACACAGCUCCUUGACAAUGGGCCACGAGAAUUCCAUUUUGACCGACUCCAGCUUCAAGAAGUAUUACGUUUAGGUGCUGAAAUAUUCCUCGCUGAGGACACGCUAUUAGAGGUGCCUCUUCCAUGCACUGUGUAUGGAGAUACUCACGGACAGUACUCGGACCUUUUACGAUGGUUCAAUUUGAACGGAUGGCCACAUGAAACAAGAAGUGUUUUUCUUGGAGAUUUUGUCGAUCGCGGCUCACAUGGCGUUGAGCUCUUCACUCUGAUCACAUGUCUCAAGAUUUGCUUCCCUGACAACAUUUUUGUGAUACGAGGUAAUCAUGAGGAAGAAAGUCUAAAUCAGAUAUACUCAUUUGUCAAUGAGGUGCAUUUUAAAUUCGAUGGUAAGACACACAGUAUAGGAGAAGGGGACGGAACAAUGUACAAGUAUUUCAAGAAUGUUUUCGUUAAUUUACCUCUCGCAUGUUUGAUCGGUGGAGAUAUUCUCGCUAUGCACGGUGGCAUCAGUCCAUUGCUGAGAAGUUUAAAGGACAUACAGCUCAUAGAACGACCUAUUGAAGAAUUCGUCAAAGGGACGUUGGCAUGUGAUUUAGUAUGGUCGGAUCCGGAUACAUUUAAUUAUGUGGAAAAAUACGAACCAAAUUACGAAAGAGAGUCAACAGUAGGCAUUGGUCAGCUUUUUUCGAAGUCUGCUGUUAAAGAGACUUGCAAACGCUUGGGAAUAAAAAUGAUCAUACGAGGGCAUCAGGCUCCACUGCACGGUUACGCAAGCUGGGCCGGUGGUCGCCUAAUAACCCUUUUUUCUGCUCCAGCAUACAAAGGAAGUUCGGAAGACACUGUAAACAUGGGAGCAUGCAUCGAAGCUCCAGUGAGUGGUAGAUUGAUUAUUAAGCAGCUUAAAGUAUCCGAAGCAGUUCGCAAAAAACGGGAACUCGACACAUAUAGCCGAGAACAGGUUCAAGCACACGCAAUAGGAGGCUCGCAGAGCGAAUUCGCUGACAUUUUACCAGUUUCACAUGCAAGCAAUCUAGCAAUUGACAAAUAA